CGAUUCACACCAUCAGAAGGCUUUUGGCUUGCAACUUGUGUUUAUUUUCUUUAGCGGACGCCCAGUUAUCCUUGGUUCUAUCGUUAUUCUUGACAGUUAAACAAUUUGAUAUAUAAGUGGCUGUGUAAUACCGAAGAAAGUCUAAAACUUAUUACAAAACUGUCUCUUGGACGAUAAAUACACUAGCGUAGGGGCUAGUAGUAGCUAGCUAAUUCUGUAGCUAAUUAGCUAGCUAACAACAACAAGGAAAGAUGGGGUCGAUUCUUAGCCGGAGAAUCGCUGGCGUUGAGGAUAUUGAUAUCCAGGCGAAUUCUGCAUACAGAUUUCCACCGAAAUCGGGUAAAUAUAGCUAUUAAUUUGGAUUGAAACGCUAAAACUCUAAGUUAGCUAACCAGCGACCUGCUAACGCUGCUAAUAUUAGCUAAACUGACAUCAUCAGCUCCCAUCAUUAUUAGGCCUAACGUUACAUGUGAAAGCUAUUAGCUAUAAAUGGUUAUGAUAUUCAGUCGUGGUGAAAUGUUUAUUUGAUGAGGCAAAGAUGAGUUGUGCAUCGAUGCCCUGAUCUUGUCCUGAUUAAAGAUAGGCCUUCCAUCCUGAUUUUCUCAUGGUUUUCUAAUCUAGUCACAUACUUCUAUUUUCUUUUAAGGGAAUUACUUUGCCAGUCAUUUUUUCAUGGGAGGGGAGAAAUUUGACACUCCCCAUCCAGAGGGAUACCUAUUUGGAGAAAACAUGGAUCUGAACUUCCUUGGAAAUAGGCCUGUACAAGUAAGGACAAACAAGUUUGCUAUACAAUGGCAAAAUGUCUUAGCUAUGUUGUUAAGUUUUGUAUCUUGCAAGCUGCUGACAGAGAAGUAACAUGUACAGCAUAUUAGUCCUAUUAGUUGAAGUGGGAGUUCAGGAGUAGUCCUUGAUUCACAUCCCCCGUGCUAUUCAGUAGGCUAAAGCAUUUGAAGUUGAUCUGCAUUGGGCUGUUCUUUUCUUAGACUAGAUGUUGUGUGUCACCUUUGCUUAGUUUCCAUACGUGACCCCGGCACCCCAUGAGCCUGUGAAGACCCUGAGAAGUCUGGUCAAUAUCAGAAAGGACUCCCUGCGCUUGGUCAGGUGAGGAAAAACACCAUCAUAUUCUACAGCAAGUAGUCUUCUGACUGACCUGUGCUCAUUUAUUUGUCUUAGUGGUUUCCAUUUCAAGUGAUUCAGGGUCAAGAAUACCGGCUGAUUGAGCUUAGCCUAACAUCUAUUCACUGUACUUGUUUAGGCCUACGUUUAAUUUGAUAUUGACGUACUUUCAUAAGUGUGGUGCAUGACUAAUUUUUUGUUAACUUAAUCAUAGCUUCACUAUCAAAGUUAUGUAAUUUUGAAAUUGGCCACUUGAAAAAGGUAGCCUAACAUUAUUUUGUUUGUCUGCUUGACUACUAGGUACAAAGAUGACACUGACGCUCCAGUGGAGGAAGGGGGGAAGCCAAAGGUUCUGUAUGGUGUGGAGUUCACAUUUGACGCUGAUGCUCGUGUGGCUAUCACCCUGUAUUGCCAAGCUUUUGAGGAAUUCGCCAAUGGGAUGGCAAUGUAUGUAAGAGUCUGAUUCAGAAACCUUUUCAUUUACAUGAUAGACUAUGUUUACCAUCAAUAUGCUAUUUAAGUCAUUCACUAAUUAGAAAUACAUAUUUUCUUCCACUGUCUCUUGCUCCCAAAAAUCUAACUAAAUGCAAUCCAGCAUUUUACAUUCCUCAUUUGAAAUGAAAUCCAUGCCUGUUCAUCAGUUUCUGAAGAUGUGCAGUGAUAUUGAUUUAUUCACUUUAAAGACACAUUGUAUAAGAACAUCUUAUGAUAGUGCUUGUCAUUAUGGAUAUGGCCAAUGUACAGCAUAGAACGCCAGUCUCCAGAAAGCAGACGGUGAGAGAUACAAGGGGUCCUUAGCAACCACCUGUCUCCAUGGAUACGAAGGUCAUCUGAAGAGGGAAUUAAUAUUAUAGUUUAUGCUGAGGUCAUUAUGUGAGCGGAUGGAUGUUUUUUUUCUGCCUUUUUUACAUCAUGUUUUUUAUUGAGAUUUUCCAUUGACAAAUUUGAGAGGGAAAAUGAUUUUAGUUAGGCCUAAUGCUGUUUUUUAUUAUUUGUGGUCAAAGAAAGAGCUUUCAACAAGAGAUCUGAAAAAGAACAUCUUACAUUUCCUGUAUACUAAAUUAACUUUGAUAGUUUUUGUAUUGAUAAGAUAUUGACAUCACUGUCCUGUGUAGGUACAACCCAAAGGGACCAGCCAUGGUUUCUGAGACUGUGCACUAUAAGAGGGGUGUGAGCCAACAUUUCUCCCUGCCUUCUUUCAAAAUCGAUUUCACCGACUGGAAGGAGGAGGAUGUGAGUAUAUCUGGGCAGCAGCACUCAAUCCUGUAGAGUGAUGUCACCAGCUGACAGUUGAUAAACUCAUCUGUUGUCACCAUUUAUUUUAUCUUUACAGCUGAACUUUGACCUGGACCGGGGUGUUUUCCCCAUGGUGAUCCAAGCUGUGGUGGAUGAAGGGGAUGGUAGGUGGUCCAAACGGUUCGGACGCAUAGAGAGAUGUUAUUAAUGUUCUGCACUCCAGAGUUGGCAACUGUCUCUCAACUGCCUCUCCGCUGUACCACAAUAGCAGGUGCUAGAUUAGGCAUUCUGUAUGCACAGAGUACAGUAAUCCCUUAUUAAUUAAUGUUUGUCCUUUUCUAGAUUGCUUGGGACAUGCACAUGUGCUGCUGGCAGCCUUUGAGAGAGUAAGUAACUCAUUGUGAUGAUCCAGUAGAAGAGGACAGUGUUUGAAUUUGACUCAAAUUUGCAUCCCUCAUGAUGUCUUCACAAAUUAUGAAUAUGUGACGUUAACACAAUUUCUUCCUUUCCAGCAUGUGGAUGGCAGUUUCUCGGUCAAGCCUCUGAAGCAGAAGCAAAUUGUAAAUUAAUCCAAGUUAAUCCAUGUCUUCUUUAUUAUAUUAGUAGAUUAUUCAAAAUACAAAAUGCCUGAAUACCAAAAACAUGUUAAUUUACAACACAUAUAUAUUUGUUAGCAUGUGUGCUUACUUCUUCCUCUUUAUGCCUUAUGGGACGUAAGGCUAUAAUGUGCUCCUUCCAUCAUUCUCUGUCCUUUGGCCACGUGUUGUUACCAUGUGUGCUCUCGGUUAUAGGUGGAUCGUGUGAGCUACCUGCUGCAGGAGAUCUAUGGAAUUGAAAACAAAAACAACCAAGAGACCAAGGUUCUUAUUCUAGAACUCACCAAGAACACUUUUGUAGAUGCAUACAGUAGAUUUAUUGAACAUGAAUUCACAAAGGUUGUUGCAUAAGGAAAGCAACACAUUUUUACAUUCGAGUCUUUCAGAAAUGUAAACUAGAAAUGUGGCUCAUUAUGCUGUAGGUUUUCAGACCGUUGGUUAUCAGUUGGUUUGCGUGGUCUAUUUUUGCUACAUGUUCAUCCUCUAACAAAUAUUUUUUUGUUCUCUGCAGCCGUCGGAGGAUGAGAACAGUGACAACAGCAACGAGUGUGUUGUUUGUCUGUCAGACCUCAGAGACACCAUCAUCCUGCCCUGCAGACACCUGUGUCUCUGCAACUCCUGUGCUGACACCCUGCGUUACCAGGCCAACAACUGUCCUAUCUGCAGACUGCGUAAGGAGCGAAGCUAGUUUGUUUCCAAUAGGCUUCCAACUGGGAUUUCAUGCCUUAUUUCCUGCCUUAGCUAAUAGGAAAUAGACCUGCCAGGCUGCCAUGUUUCAGAGCUCAGUGAGAGAGACACCUAAUGGAUGUAGAGAUGAACGCCCUGUGGGGACUGAGCUGAUUUAAGGAAAAUGCUGUAAAGUUGACAUUUAAGUGAAGAUGUAGUCACAUUUGACAGUGUGUAGUGUAAUCCGUGUUUGGUCUGUCUCUCUCCCCAGCCUUCCGAGCCUUGCUGCAGAUCAGAGCUGUGAGGAAGAAGCCUGGGCCGCUUUCCCCUGUGUCUUUCAGCCCUGUACUGGCUCAGAACAUGGACCAUGAUGAGCACUCGGUACGGCCCACGCAUUUGUUGUUAUUACACACAUGGCAUCAUUUGUGUCAAGGAUCAUUUCUUAUUCUACUUGUAUUUAACAAACCUCAACUCCAUCACUAUGCAAUUACAAAGCCUUUCAUAAAUGACUGUGAAUGACUAGUAAAUAUAUGACCAGUCUUUCUGUGUGUGUGUCUCUCCAGAGCUCAGACUCGGUUCCCCCAGGCUUUGAGCCCAUCUCUCUGCUGGAGGCCCUUAACGGCCUGCACUCUGUGUCCCCCUCCAUCCCCCCCGCCCCCACUCUACGAUGAUAUCAACUUCUCUGGUGGCCUGGUAGGGGAGGGCCGGCCGCUGGGCUCCCCAGAACACUCCGGGGACGGGGGCCUGCAGAAGGCCAAAGUCAGCAAGUCACCUGACAGGUAAUCCUGUGACACCAGGGUUGUCACAAGCCCAGUUCACCCUUUCCUCCAUCUGAGAUGGACCAUCUCCCUGAAGUGUGCACUUGUACACUACACUCCCCCUCAUGGAUUUAAAAGGAAUGGACAGGUGUAAGGGAUGAUGGUGGAACCUCCCUCCAGCCAAUAUGUAAACCAAUCCAAUGCUUUGAAAUCUUUUGCGGUAGGGUGAGCCAGUGCACACUUUAGGAAGAAGGGGGAGAAACUGAAGUAGGGCUACAGUCUCCCAGUUGCUGCCCUCUACAGUCCAGCUGCCUGCUACUGUAAUUGUUCACACCAUUACAUUACCAUUUGAUUUUGAACUGCCUCUAACUUGGAGCAUAUUCAUAUGCAUGUUUUAAUUAUUUAGUUUUACAUUUAAUAUGGAGUUAAUAGCCCUGACAUGAACUGCACUGGAUGGAUUUGCUUUUUGGACAUUGGCUUUGACUCUGGAUUGAUUGCUCAUCACUUUGUGUAACAGCUGGCCCAGGGUCAGAAUAAAGAGGCUCCUUACGUUGUGGUGAGCUGCUGCUAGAGGUCUUCUCCUGUAUCCAGCACUAUGCUACAAACUGAUUAGACGGCAUGUCCUUGGCAAUCCAUCCAGUUGACAUUGCUGAGCCUUGCCAACCUGCAGGAAAGAACAUUACUACAGGACAACAGUACAGAGUGCAGUCUGUUUAUUAUAAAGAACAUUACUACAGGACAACAGUACAGAGUGCAGUCUGUUUAUUAUAAAGAACAUUACUACAGGACAACAGUACAGAGUGCAGUCUGUUUAUUAUAAAGAACAUUACUACAGGACAACAGUACAGAGUGCAGUCUGUUUAUUAUAAAGAACAUUACUACAGGACAACAGUACAGAGUGCAGUCUGUUUAUUAUAAAGAACAUUACUACAGGACAACAGUACAGAGUGCAGUCUGUUAUUAUAAAGAACAUUACUACAGGACAACAGUACAGAGUGCAGUCUGUUUAUUAUAAAGAACAUUACUACAGGACAACAGUACAGAGUGCAGUCUGUUUAUUAUAAAGAACAUUACUACAGGACAACAGUACAGAGUGCAGUCUGUUUAUUAUAAAGAACAUUACUACAGGACAACAGUACAGAGUGCAGUCUGUUUAUUAUAAAGAACAUUACUACAGGACAACAGUACAGAGUGCAGUCUGUUUAUUAUAAAGAACAUUACUACAGGACAACAGUACAGAGUGCAGUCUGUUUAUUAUAAAGAACAUUACUACAGGACAACAGUACAGAGUGCAGUCUGUUUAUUAUAAAGCUUCACGUCGGUUGUAAAAGUGUUUUUUUUGUUUUAUCAAUGUCACCUCAUUGUAAGUGUUUGACCCCUGCAGCACCCUGAGGUCGCCCUCAUCACCCAUCCAGGAGGAGGAUGAGGAGAAGCUGUCUGAGUUGUCGGAUGCCCAGCCUCACACACUGCUCUCCAGCAGCCCUGCUCCCACCGAGGCCACUGCAGCCGAGGAUGUACCGGAGUCCGUCUCCCCAGAUGAUGGUGAGUUCUGUCAUGCUCUGAAUGCACAUAGAUAGCUGUUGUAGUAGGUCCAGUCUACAUCAAGUUUGGGUAGGUGACCCCUCUAAAUAAUGACUUGAAUUACCUACCAGGGUACAUUGCAAACCAGCAUAAGGACAUUUAGGUCUUGUUGCAUGUUGUGACCUUGUCUCUCCCUCCUGUCAUGUGUGGUACAGAGGACAGGCUGCACUCUGGAGGAGAGCGAGAGAUCCUUCAUGACUGCAGCAGUGAACACAGCAGCCUGACCAAAACAGAGAGUGACCCGCCAGGGGACCUUUCUCUGCCAGGUAAGCUAAUAAUAACACAAGGCCCAGGCCCAUAUCUGUGCUUGUGUGCACAAGCAUGUAUGUUUGUCUGGAUAUUAAAGAUAUUCUCCGGUACUGUAUACAUUUUAGCCAGUAGUUCUGAAAGUAGCACCCUUGAGCCAAAAGUGGUCCCCGUAAAUUGCGCACUACAUCACAAAUGUACAGAUGUAUGCACCACAUCAUUGCUCUCUCUCCCUCUACUGUGUGCGUGUUGCUAUCUGUCACUCCCUUGGCGGGCUGAAGCUCAUAGGCUGAAACUUGAAUUGCUAGGCGGCUAGCCCACAUGGUGGUAAAUGUAGGGAAAAUGGCGCUGCACAGCUUCCAGACAACAGUCAAACUAGGGAUUUUUUGGCUAGUUCUGCUCAUAGAUUAUGCAUGAACUACACAUUAACACAUCCAGCCCAAAGCGGGAGGUUUAAAAAAUACUUACUAGUUGCCAAAGUACCAGAGCAUGUCUUUAACACUUAAACCAAUUGUAAACAUACAUUUUUGAUUGCGGGUAUAACACCUUUGGCUAAUUUUCUCUUUAUUCUCCCAGGCUUUCAGUCCUCCAGCUUUGCAUCUAACCUGUGUGCUGUUGUUUAUUCUUCUCUGUUUCCUUACUCCCUGCGCUGUCCCUUUACCUGGCGUUGCUAUGGCCAGCUCUAGGUCCUGAUGCCUGCUCUAUUGGUGUGGAGGAAUAAAUGUGGUAUGUAGGACUUCUCUGUCCUGUCUUUACCUAUCUGCUUUUCUGUCACGUUGCUUCGGAGAAACCGAUCCCUCGCAAUCUGUCAGAUUCAGGACAGUUGGUUAAUAAUCUGCUGCAGGUUUUAACUGUUUAUCAUGAAAAUUGACAGCAAGUUUGUAUUGAUAAGUAUGCAACUGCUUAGAUUUAUUUCACAUGAGUAAGAGAUCCUCUUGUUUAAUUGGAUCAUCCUCCUCGUGUCCACAGGGUCAUCAGAGUCAACGGAGAGCCUGAAGAGUCAGAGUACCAACUGCUCCAGCCAGCCCCUCCUGUGUCCCCCCAGCAGCCUUCACAUGGAGGAUGAGCAACUUGACUCCUAACCUCUGGGCCCAACGGUUUCUCCCUCUCUGGCUGAGUCCCAAUUCUCCACCCUUCUUCAGAAGUGUGCACUUGCACACUUUCUCGCAUUGGAUUUAACAAUGGUGGAAACUCCUUCCAGUCAAUAAUUUCACCAAUCCAAUGCUUUUAAAUCCAUGACGGGGAGUGUGAAAGUG